AGUUAUUAGUUGCUUGUUAAGGUUUAUAGAUAGAACUAUUUCUCUGUUCUCUCCAUUUAUAAUGUAUAAUUUCAACGAAAAAGGGUGUUCUAUAGCUCUUGCUCUUGCUCAUUUUACGUUCUAUUGAUGAUUUUGGAACUAUCUUCAUUGACAACAAUGGUAUAAUAAGCUUCCAUCUAGCAGUGCUUUGAAACAUUUUCACUCAACUUGCUGAUAAAUCUUAUAGGAUUAGAAUUAUUGUUGGAGCUUCUUGAAUGUACAACCCAUAAGGAGAUACGUGUGUUUCUCUGGCACAAUUUCUUGUAACACCUUGUUUUGGAUGUUACACUACCAAAGCCUACGGUUUUGAUUUUCACAGUGCCUAAGACUUGUACAACAUGGAUCAAUUGAAUGUGCCAGUGCUACAGUUCAAGAAUUCUUCUGUCUUCGGAAUCCAUCCAACGACACAGUUUAUUUGCUUCCAGACACAAAGUAGAAGUAAUUCCUCACGGUUAACUAAGAAGCCAUUAGUGGUUGAAGCUAGAGCAAAUGCUAGAACAGAAAGUCCAAAACUUCGGAACAGAAGGAUUCAGAAAAAGUUCAAUGGAACUGCUAGAAAUCCAAGGCUUUCAGUAUUUUGCUCAGAUAAGCAAUUGUAUGCAAUGCUUGUAGAUGACAAGAAUAAGAAGUGUUUGUUCUAUGCAAGUACACUGCAGAAAUCGAUUCGAAAUCCCCCAUGCAGCACUUCUGAAGCUGCUAAACGUGUUGGGGAGGCACUUGUCAAAGCCUGUACAGACCUCAACAUAAAUGAAAUAUCGUCCUAUGAUCGCAAUGGACUUUACCGUGGACAAAGGUUGGAAGCCUUUGAGAUUGCCAUUUCCAGUUAUGGAUUCUUGCGGGGAUAGGUCUGCCUCUGAAAGCUUGAUCCCUUGUCAAAUUUACAAUCCACUGGAGUCAAUGCUUUUCUAUGUAGACAUUAUCACUUUUUCAGAGUAGUAGGUUGUAAUCUCAUCAGGUGAUUAGUCAUUAGUGAAAAGUAGAAGGAACUUAAAAGUCAUUUUCAUUUCUGAUUCACAUUGUUUUACAUUAUGUAAUGCACGUCCACCGCCUGGACAAGAUAGCUCAGUGUUAAACAC